GGGAGUUGUUCUUCGUGUGUUGCGAGGGCAGAAUUGCUUGUGGACUGCAGCGAGUUGGUGACAAAGACGGUAGAAGAAUGAGUCGCAGACGGAAGCAUGCUAAGAGGCAGGCACUUUCUGAGCCAUACCCUUCUCCACUAACUCGAGCUCAAGCAAAAAGGUCUCAGUGCGUAGCAAAUACGCUUUUUGAAAAAGAGUGUCCUGCAGCCCAGUUGUCAAAUACUGAACCUACAUUGGAGCUUCGAGGAGCGGUUUCUGAGCCUGCAGAGGCUGAACGUCCUACUGAAGACCUACUGUCAUUAUGUGAUGCAGACGAUGAAUCAGAGAACCAGUAUCCUGUGAAACUCAGCACACUGGACACAAUUCAUUUCGACGUUUGGCGCUCAGUUCUACUGCGUAUGUUGUCCGUCAGAGACAUCAUCCGACUGUGUCAAGUAUCACGACAUUUUCACGGAUUACUCAUGAACGAGGAAACAUUCAAGUGGCUAUGUGAGUGCCGGUACGACAUGAGCCCGAACGUUCACAUGAACAUCAGCUACAAGACCAUCUGCAGAAUACUCUACACGGCUGUGUCAGUGGCAAAUUGGAAGCAGGUUACUUGGGACAGUCUCGCAACAGUGUACACUACGUGUGUCUUUCCGGAAAGCAAAAGAUUCAGCCUCCAAAGGUUGUUAUAUUGUCUCCCAGUUUUCAGCGGAAUUAUGCAACAACAAGAGCAGCCAGACGAACCCUAUGUCUUUGACCUGCCCGGUUUUAAUGCCAAUCCAUUUGUUACUGGUAACGAUGCAAGGACAAUGUUCCUCAACUUAACAGAAAAGGAUCUAGUUCAACGGUAUACUGGUCCUACUGUUACCGCCUGGUACAACCGAACAUAUGCCAUUAGCAGCCUGAAGGAGAUGGAGUUGGCUCGAUACGGCUCUGUAGAGGCAUACCAGGCUGCUCUACUGAAGAAUCUGUUUGAGAAAUUACCCAAACUAGAAACGUACUUAGUCUACCAUCACCGUUAUGAGAGACUGUUUCAUGUUGCUGACUACAUGUUCAAAGGGGGUAGGCAGACAUUGGAACUGUAUAUUUACUGCGGCAUUGUAGACCGCAAAAUGAAGCGUGAAAACCUGGGUAACGAGACCACUGGUAGCUCCGAAUUCAACUGUUGGGCAAUGAUUGAAGUUGCAAAGAUUUGUAAGUACGAUUCCGCAGUGAAAGCGUACAUCGAAGAGCGUCUUUUGAUGUCCUUCGAAGACUACUGCAGCGCCUGUGGAGAAUACUACAAGCAGGUCCAAGAGAAACUUGACGUGCGUAUGUGGUGGAAUCACCAGAGGGCUCUCUUUUCAUGUUUUGGCAACUAUGUUGCUUCACAAUAUUCUGACUACAAGCUAUGGAACAAAGACGAACUACUUGAAGCUAUGGCAGAGUAUGGUCGCACACUGGAGAUCUAAGCAGAAACAAGACUUGGAGCUGCAGUGAAGCGGAUUUAGAGCCACUACCAAUGGACAACUGGGAACUUGUGGCCAGGCAUAAGGGCUACAUGGAUGCAGCUCAGGGGUUUCUCGGCACUUGUGCCAGUGGUGGUGAGACGUAUCCACUCACCCUCGCCUAAUUUGUGUGUACAGAAAGAUAGUAUAAUUGGGUUGAAAUUGUUCAAGUAAAGUGUCAUGUUUGGUGCGGCCAAGCUUGGCAGUUAAUGUUCUACAUGUAGGCGUAAUGUACUGCUGUUGUUUGUUAUCACUUUUUCCUUCCUUCUUUCUUUCUCUUCUUUGUCCAUUUUUCAGUUGCAAGUUAAUGUUAGUACAAACAAUCGUUAUUGCUCUCGCUUUCAAUGUUAAAAUUCACACUUGUAAAUUUCACUGCUGUUGUUCUUAGUGUUAUUUCUCUAACUUAUAUUUUCUAUAAUAGUUCAAUUUUGUUUUCAGUGUCCUUUAGUACAACGAAGAUUCCUGAUGAGUGUUGUACGAAAACUUGUUUGAAUCCUU